AUGUAUGUAUUAUUCUACCCGGCGGUAGCAUUUAUCUCGAUAUUAAUUUACGGGCCCUUUGGAUUAGUGAGUGCCUGGUUUAUUAUUCUUCAGCAAUCAGGGUUUGUUUCAGUUUUGAUGGUUAGGUCGAUCUUGAUGCCCCAGAUUGAAAAGAUUGCGUUUGAUGCGGUUUUAAGUAGAGAGUUCACCGAUGAUUUGGUUCUUAUGGGGAAAUUAAGAAGAAUUGUGGUAGUGCCAUUUAUUGUCAAGUUUGUUAGACAAAUUAUAUUGGUUCCAAGUAUGUUUAGGUUACCGAUCCUUCUACUUAAAGUAAUGAUGAUUUUUGCGCUUAAUAUGAUUCCAUUUAUUGGUCCAAUUCUAGUGGUUUUGUUUCAAGCUCCUUCUAAAGGAUUACACGCUCAUUCAAGAUAUUACUCUUUAAAAGGGUACGACCAAAGACAAAUUAGAGCAAUUUAUAGAGAAAAUACCGGUGCUUAUAUGGGGUUUGGUUUAAUGGCAUUGUUAUUAGAAAUGAUUCCUUUAUUAAGUAUAUUUUUCAUGUUUACUAAUACUAUUGGAGGAGCAUUAUGGGCAAUAAGUAUUGAAGCCAAAAAUGAAAAAUCAAAAUUAUUCGUAUAA